GGGAAGAACAGAGCAUUACGGUAACAGCAAGGCUACCGCCUGCUACAUCAGCAGAGCAGGAAAGUUACUGCUGCUCCUUGGCAGCGUGGAGCUGAGCACUGCAACUGGGGAGGGAGCCCGUCAGGGAUGCUCGAGUCCAGCUCCUCACAAGCAUUGAGACACAAGGAAUCAGCACAACCCCGAGCUGUCAAACUACCAGUGGGGAAAUAACAGGAGAGAAGCAAUGGAUUUGUAGGCGUAGAGUCCCAGCCCUGCAUGAAAAGAGGAGCCUGCUGUGCUGUGCUGCGAAUCCCCUUUCCAGAUGGUCACAGGAGCUGCGCUGCCUUCUAGAGACUGAGGAGGGCGGUGAUGGUCUCCAAAGAGCACAACAGCAUCGUUGACACAACAAAUUUCACUCUUCCCUUCAGAGCAAGCCAGAAGCUGAUGUAAAUGAACUUUAAUUCGCAGUCCAGGAGCUCGAGUGACAACUGUUCCACAGCAUGGAGGAGCUUUGGUUGACAGUUCGGACCCUGAAGAUAGAUAGCGGCAGGUAUCUCAAAUGACAUUGCUGAGCAGACAGAGCAGCCGCUUCCACCUAUUCAGGCGUCUAAGUCAAUUGUGAAGCAGAAUCAGGACUCGCACAAGCUAAUUAAAACCAGUUAUUUCAUCGUGGGAGAAACCUACAUUUGAGACCCUCUGGAAUAUUUAUGCUACUUAAACACUGAAUCUUCACAACAAGGCAGAAAUUACUUUAACCUGCAAUUCCAGUAUUUCUCAUCACGUAAUCCUGGAAGGGAGGAUAAAUUGCCCUGGUUUUGCGUAGCCUCACUUCUGCACACCAAGAAAAAUGCAAAAGGAGUUCAAUUUGACUUGGAAAUGGGGGCUAUUAGCUGUGCCAUAAUUGUAAAAUCUUAGGGAGAAAGAUUUUCUAAUAUGUUGCCGGAUCCUUCUCGUUGUUCCCAGUGCUGCACUUCUAAGAUGUUCUUAAAAACCCUUUUCCCCAAAGCCAGGAAAACAUUGCCUUUAGGACCUUCUGAGAACUGAUCUCAUCCCUCUUUCUGCCUGAAAAGGGAGUAAAGUAAAAGAGCCUUGCAGUCAACAUUAUCAGCCACUCACCAUGGCUUUCCUCCCUGGAAACUCCUCCGACUGCUCCAACUGCACCCACUCUGUGGGGCCCGUGAACGUUUCAAAGGCCAUUUUACUUGGUGUUAUUCUAGGGGGGCUGAUAGUUUUUGGGGUUUUGGGUAAUAUUCUGGUUAUCCUCUCUGUCGCCUGCCACAGACAUCUUCAGAGCGUUACCCAUUACUAUAUAAUUAACCUGGCUGUUGCUGACCUCCUCUUGACUUCCACUGUCCUACCCUUCUCAGCCACUAUGGAGAUUUUGGGCUACUGGGCCUUUGGGAGAAUCUUCUGCAACAUCUGGGCAGCUGUUGAUGUCCUUUGCUGCACUGCUUCCAUUAUGAGCCUCUGCAUCAUCUCGAUAGACAGAUACAUCGGGGUGAGCUACCCACUGAGAUACCCAAGCAUAGUGACGGAGAAGAGAGGCCUCCUGGCGCUCCUCUGCGUUUGGGCAUUGUCUUUGGUGAUAUCCAUCGGACCUCUUUUUGGCUGGAAGGAACCAGCACCAGAAGAUGAGACCAUCUGUCAAAUCACCGAGGAGCCUGGCUACGUGUUGUUCUCCGCUCUUGGUUCCUUCUACCUCCCCCUGACUAUCAUCCUGGUGAUGUAUUGCCGAGUGUACGUAGUGGCCAAUAGGGAAAAUAAAGGUCUGACUUCUGGUCUGAAGACAGAGAGAUCUCAUUCCGAAGAAGUGACCCUACGAAUCCAUCGUAAAAAUGCUCCUGAAGCGAGCGGAUCAGCGUCCAACUCCAAGAACAAGCAUCAUUUCUCAGUGCGUCUCCUCAAGUUUUCCAGGGAGAAGAAAGCUGCCAAGACCCUGGGAAUAGUGGUGGGAUGCUUCGUUCUCUGCUGGCUUCCGUUUUUUGUAGUAAUGCCCCUUGGUUCUUUCUUUCCUGCAAUCAAACCCCCGGACACACUUUUUAAAAUAACAUUUUGGCUUGGAUAUUUAAACAGCUGCAUCAACCCCAUCAUCUACCCGUGCUCAAGUCAAGAGUUUAAGAAAGCGUUCCAAAACGUCCUGAGAGCGCAGUGCCUCCCAAGGAAGCAAGGAGCAAAGAAGAGAGCCCCAAGUUUCAACCUCAACCAUCCAGCCAGCCAAAACAUGGAGAGUCACAAAGGUGUGGUCCGUAUCCCUGUUGGCUCAGGAGAAACCUACUAUAAGAUUUCCAAGUCGGAUGGGGUCUGUGAAUGGAAGAUCUUCUCCACCGUGCAAAACAUGCCUGCAAAAAAUGCAGUUUCCAAAGACUGUACUGCUGCCAAAGUGAAAAGUAAAGGUUUCCUCCAGGAAUGCUGCUGUGCAGGCACUUCAGGGAACCUUGUCCAUGAAAACUGUAAAAUGCCAAGUGUUAAAAUCCACACCAUCUCUCUCAGUGAAAACGGGGAAGAUGUCUAAAGCACCGUGUGCCAAGCAGCACGUGCUGGCAAAUUCAUGGCUCUGCUAAUGGGAUGUUGCUCUAUUUAUUGGGAAGUAGAAGUAGGUGUUACAACAGUUGAAGGGAUCCGAGUGAAACAAAUAGUAUCUGCUGUAAAACAGGGCCAAAGCUUGUGAUGUCUUUGAGUGCUGGCAGCUCAAACAAAGCCCUUUAAAGACAAAGAAUGGCUUCACAGAUGGUGAGCACCCUACGGUCUUCCGAGAGACUGGCCUCUGCCUGACGUUUAAAGGCUUGAUUUGCCACUGUAUUUCCCUGAUUCAAAGCUCCAACUGUUCUAAUUUUGGUGCAAUGAAAGAGCAAACUAUGAAGACCUUGUGCUGAUUUCAGUGUCAAUACCAUCAGACAGCUCCACGUUCAGGCUAUAUUGUGGUUCAACCCCCCCACCCCUCUAAAAAAGCUAAACCUCAAUUUAAAAGCCAGGAGAGUGAGGUUGGGAGGCUCAGGUCUUGGGACAGUGUUUACAGAUCUCUGCUUACUUUUCAUUAAGAGACUGUGGACAAGAAUGCUUUCCUACCACAUCUUGCCUCUUUUGUUCACGUCCACGUCCUGGCUUGGUGAUGUGCACGAAUUGUUAAAGGCAAAAGGCAGCUCUCUGGACUUGCAUCUUCAUCGUUGGUCCUCACGCCUGGGCCGCACCAGGUGGGCAGCUGCUCUUCUGUAAAGCUCACAAAGCUGCUUGUUCUCAACCUGUCUGGAAAGGCAGCCACUUCAGCUCACGCAGCAGAGCAAAACCACUCUCUAGGCUCUUGCCCUGCUCGGAGUGGCUCUAAGUUUCCCUUUGUGCUGUGGAUCUCAGUAAACUCCAUUGCCAAAGGAAACUUGAUGGAAGCGGCUAUACUCCACCUGGCUCCAGAGACAUAUACAACCAGAUCUCCAAACAAAACCAAGGGAAACUUUGCAUGCACCCCAGGUUUGUUUGGAAGGUCUCUGUGCUUUGAUGUGGGUCUAAUAAAAUUCAAAGCUAGGUCAAUCAUGAUCAAAUAAGGCUCUAAGAGGACACUUUCACUCGAAACAGGUUGUCCAGAGCAGUGGUGGCUGCCCCAUCCCUGGAGGGGUUCAAGGCCAGGUUGGAUGGGGCUUGGAGCCCCUGAUCCAGUGGGAGGUAUUCCUGUUCAUGGCAGGGGUGGAACUGGAUGGGCUUUGAGGUCCCUUCCAACCCAAACCAUUCUAUGAUUCUAUGAUCCAUUUGUUUUCUUUGUUCUGAGUCCAGCAGGGACCUGCUUAAAGACUUGCUCAAUAAUUCCUUGCUCAGGUGCUUGCUGGUCAGAUCAGUGCCGCCAUCACCGGAAAAGCUGCAGGCAUUUUGCUGUCUCCCUGCCCAGUGUUAGACCACAUUCCUUAUCUGACUCCUUCAACACCAAGUGCCCUAAGCUUUCUAUGAGAUCUUGGGUAUCCUGGAGCCAGUAACUUUACCCUCAUUGUGAUUAGUGGGCGUUUAGCACAUUAAAUGACUUAAGGACACACGUCCCCACGAGAAAGGGCCAUCCUUUAAGAAUCAGGGAGAAAAAUCAUUUGGAAGCAGGUUAUAUUUUAAUAUAGCUAAUCCAAAUAAAUAAAUAAAUGAGCUGUUCAACAGCUGGAAGAAAUAGUGGGAGGAAUUCUCUGUACAAUAUUAGAAAUAAGCAGCUCUCGACAUAACUCCUCCUGAGCCUGCCAAACAAGAAUGCAGCUUCUCAAAACAACACACAAGACGUUACUCAUGUCUCAAUGUCAACUCCUGUGCUGAAAACCUACUGGCUUGAAAAGAGAAAGGGCUUAAGAUAAGGUUAACCUUUACAGGACGGGACCUUGAGAGGACACCUUGUUUUAUUGAUGAGGAGUCAUUGUUUAUUCACCCCUCAUCCAGUAUGAAGUCCCCAAUGUAAAGAGAAUUUCAGUCUUCUGUGUUCUCCCACAUGAAUGCUGUGUAAGAAAGCUACAGACUGUCCCAAACAGGUUAAAAUUGGAGGAGAAUUCAAAUCCAAUCCCUGGACCCAAGCCCUUAUAUAUUUCCAAAAUCAUGCAUUCAUGGAGAGCAGAUCUGUAGCACUAUCACAUUUUUUAGUUUCAUUAAAAAAACCACACCGCUCAAACCUUCACUUAGGGUUUUCAUUAAAGUCUAGAAUUUGAAACAAGAAGUGUUGAAAUACCAUAAAAAAAAUAUUCUCAUGGUACUUGAAGCCAAGACCAGAAGCAGAAAAGCUGGAAAUGUCAUAAGAAAGUCACAUGAGACUCGUGGCCAAGGUUUUGAGUCUCAUGGGUUCAAAUAUGUAGGGCAUUUAUUUCAACAAAACCUCAACUCUGAAACAUUUUGAAAAACACCAUUAAAUUGAGCGAGACCGGCAAGAUUUAAAAUCCUCACUGCACACACUCGUGGCCCAGCCCUAACUAUAUACAUAUUUUAUAACUUGAACCAAUAAGGCCAUUCGUGUCAUUCCUCCUUUGGAGCUGGGAGAUUUCCAGAAGGUUUCUGCAGUAAUUUUACAUUUGUUGAGGUUUCAUGGUCUCAGGAAAGCGCUUGUGCAGCUACACAUUCUGGAGUCCUCAGCACAGGAAGGACAUGGAGCUGCUGGAGUGACUCCAGAGGCCACGGAGAUGAUGCAAGCGCUGGAGCACCUUCCGCGCUGAAGACAGCCUGAGAGUUGGGGUUGUUGAGCCUGGAGAAGACUCCGAGGAGACCUCACAGCAGCUUCCAGUGCUGAAAGGGGCUCCAGGAAAGCUGGGGAGGGGCUCUGAAUCAGGGAGGGCAGGGAUAGGACGAGGGGGAAAGAUUUUCAGCUGAAAGAGGGGAGACUGAGAUGAGAUCUUAGGAAGAAAUGUUCUGCUGUGAGGGUGCAGAGGCCCUGGAACAGGUUGCCCAGAGCAGUGGUGGCUGCCCCAUCCCUGGAGGGGCUCAAGGCCAGGUUGGAUGGGGCUUGGAGCAACCUGAUCCAGCAGGAGGUGUCCCUGCCUGUGGCAGGAGGGUUGGAACUGGAUGGGCUUUAAGGUCCCUUCCAGCCCAAACCAUUCUAUGACUAUAUAGGCUGGCACAAAUGGAUUUGUUAUUUAAUUCCAGAGCAAUUCUGAAAUAGCAAUAUAAACUGAGUCUGCAAGACGAAGAUAAAUAAGUGAGCACGCUGGUGGCAAUGUGUGGCUAGACGUGGAUAACACCUUUGUAUACAGUACUCCCGCCUGUGGGAGACAGAGAUUAGAAAAACCAAGUCUUGGUUUCAUCUUCAUCCUUUUUUUCUGUCAUCAAACAGAUGCUAAAGGACCUCUCUCUGUCCGGUGACUGAGAAGCACUCAGAGCUCAGCAUCAAGCAAGCCUGGUCCCAGCCACACCUCUGCUGCUGUCACAUUUGCCAGCAAAAACAAACACAUCAUUUGUUUGGCUCCCUCAGAGAAUUUCUGCUUGAAAACUGCCCUGUCCCCUUGUUGCACGCAGGGUCACAGGCACUUGUUAUCUUAAUGGAUGUUUGGACUGACAAUUCUCAAAAACUAUAGAAAGAGCUCUAGGAAAAAAAAAAAAAAGCAACAAAAAAAAAAGAACAACAAAAAAAAAAACCCAAGUGCAGAUUUAAGCAGCUGAUAUUUUCAUGUUAUUUAAAGUGAACGUGGCACUGGUAAAAGAGCUGCAGCCACAGAGGCUGAAUGUAUCUCCCUAUCUAAAACGCGUGAGCAGAACAAGGUUUCCUAGUGGCUUCCCAUCCAGCAGCCCACGUUAAACCUUCCUACAAUCAGGACUCUGGCAUGUGAAAUCCUGCAGGAGCACAGAACAGAGAGCAGAACGUGGUCAGACGGCAAGUAAGAACAAAGUGCCAUGAUUUUCCCCUCAAAGCCACAUCCACUGGACCACAGUGACCUAUCAAGUGAUCUGUCCUGACUGAAAUUUUUGAAGGAUGCCAGCGACAUCCCACCUUCCUCUCUGUUCAGCAUUUCCUGUCAAGAGCGACAGCCAAAAUAUCCAGCUUGAGUGGAGCAGAGAGACUCUGCUGCAAAGAGCUGAGAGCUGUCAGCAUCAUACAGAUGACUUUUCAUAUACACAGGUUGAGGCCAAGCAUACUGCCAAUCUCUCUUCCUCAAAGGGCAGGGAAAGGCCAGUAUUCCAGUUCCCACAGUUAACGUUCGUUCAAAUUUACCGUCUUUCUGUUUAUGAGGCUUCAUGUCCUCUGCAAGAUUAUUCAAAUCCCAAAUACUAAAGAUCUGCCCACUAUCCAAAUAAAUGUCUCCUCCAUUGUUCUUAAAAUUGCUCUGCUGAAUCCAAGGAUAAACUACGUGUCGUGUAAAAGAGUAUUUUGCUUUGCCAGGCUUUAAUGUCUUGAAAAUCCACAGCAUUGAAGAGAGGAAAGAUUACGCUAGGAAUAUUUCUUGCUUCAUCAGACUCAGCAAAUGGAUUUCACGAAGCUUCUUCAGUCUUUCUUGCUAAAUUCCCCUGCCUGACUUUUUCAGCCUUCUGAAAGGUCACAGUUACAGACUGCAGCAUGGCACACCAGCUGAAAUCAGUUAAAAAAUAUCUUAUUGCUCUCUUGAAGUGGAAGUUGCUUAGUUCUAGGCAUGCCUGUUGGCCUCAUGUUAACUAAUGCUCAUGUCUCAAUAGGUUUUAAUUAGGAACUUCAUUCUAAAAUAAAACUACUGAGGCAUAAUAUGACUCAGUGAUUUGCUCAAGGAUGAUUUCAGCUGUCCCAUGUUGAACCCCUGCUCGGUAAUUAACUCUGUGUCCUACUCAAAGGUACCUUUAACCUCUUUCCUGUCUUAAUAUUAUUUAGAUAAGCAAAACCACGCCAAAAAACAACCCAGUGGGACAGGCUGUAGAGACCGUUUAUUUCUGAAUGAUUGCUUCCAACAGCAGAGCCAAAGAGGACAGUCAUUUGGUCUUCAAGAUGUUGCACUAAGCUCCAGGCCUAUCUGGGACCUGCACUGCAGUGUCAUUAUUUGCCAGAAGGCAAAGGUUUCAUAACAGCUCACAAGAGACCUGCUAUGGUUAUGCAGCUUUGUGUCUCUACUCUGUUUGCUGCAUUACUCAUACCCACAUCAUCACCUCUCCAUCUUUUUGCCUUUAAGUCUCACUAGCUUAUCAGCCCUUGUUUCCCAAGAAGCCCAAAAGCACUUUCUAUGAAUGAAUCUCUCCAAUAUUCAUUGUUUCUCGCCUAAUUAUAAUGAGACUCACAGGGAGAAGGUCAGACAGUCUGUCUUUUCCUAUCAGUACACAUAAGUACAUUAAACCUUCUCCAUCUGUAAAAGGGCACUAAUCCAUAAGCAUAAUCAACUUUUUGAAGGUAUUCCCAAACAGAUUGCUUAAUACAUGACAGUAUUAUGAAAAUCCAAGGCGCUACAGAGAAAGCUUGUGGUGCAUUAAAAUAGAGAUCUUCCACCCAGCUUGAUAAAGUUAAUGGAAUCACUUCUUUCCCAGGAGGAGAUUAAGCAUUUGUACUAGGGAUUCGAAUAAAAUGUCAUGCCUUCUAUGCAGAGCAUGCUGCAUAUUUCUCAUACUGACAGAGAAGGAGAAAAAUAGCAAGCGUGAGCUAAGGGGAAAUGAGAGGAGAGCUAUGCAUUGCAGGCAACAACCAUGUAAGAAAUAACACAUCUCUUAGUUCCACAACAUGUUCAAAGACCCAUUAAUAGUUAACGAAGAUUACUGUCAUACUGAGCUCUAUCCCAGGGGUGAAAGAUCCUCUCUUUUGCCAUCCUGAUAACAUUAAGAUCACUUUCAGAGUCAAAAAUGUCCAAGUGUUAGCACUGUAAAGUAGAAAUGAUUUUCCAGUACCCAUUGCCUCAGACUGAAUGACAAGACCUUCCUGCAUUGAGCAUUGAUCCCACUUUCUAUGAUUUGCAAAAACUUGAUCCUUGCAAACCAUUUUCUGAAGUAAGAAUACACAAAUCCAGCCACCAUUUCAGCACUUUUCCACUUAAAAAGCAAUUCCACUCAGCUAACGAUCACAGCAUCAUUGUUCCAUGAUACACCCUCUGCUGAAUAUCGCCCAGUGCUCAGUUCUACUUACUGACGUUACGACUGUGGGAAUUAUAUGCAAGCUGGUUUGGGGUUUUUUUUUGCUUUGCCGGUCUCUGGUUGCAAAAAUGUUUUAUUUUUCUUCUGUCUGCUGCAGCAUUUUGCCUGCAUGUUGUACGAGUUUGGCUGCCAGUGGUUUUUUUAAAGAUGUUUCUUGAAAUGGGCACUGCAUUUUCUGAACUGCUGUUCUAACGUCAUUGAAUUUUCUACGUGCUGUUUUUAAAGGCCCGUUGGUUAUCACGUAAUGUUUGAACUGUCAUGCUGGUCAUUUUCUUGAACAAAAUUGAAUGUAUAUGAAAUAUUCCUGGGUGAACAAAUAAAUUAUUGGGGGGAACAUGCACUUUGUGACAUGUGAGCUACAACUCCCUUUGCUUGGCUGUGUUUUUUCCCCAAAAAGUAUUUCUAGAAAUGUGAAAAAGUAGUGUAACCAGCAGGGUGAGGGAGGGGGUUCUGCCCCUCUGCUCCGCUCUGUGAGACCCCACCUGGAGCCCUGUGUCCAGUUCUGGAGUUCUCAGCACAGGAAGGACAUGGAGCUAUUGGAGUGACUCCAGAGGAGGCCACAGAGAUGAUUCGAGGGCUGGAGCACCUCCCGUAUGACGAGAGGCUGAGAAAGUUGUGGUUGUUCAGCCUG